GCUAUCGACGUCGCCAUUUAUGUAUAGUCGCGAAAUAUUAAUAUUUUGUGAAUUUAAAUGGUUUUAUUCUUGCGUAGCGUAAAAAAAUACAACUUUCUUUUUUAUUAAAAAUAUUACAUGAACGGGGUAUAUCGGAUGUGUCAAACUUAUAUAUAAAAGAGAAAAAUAAUAAUAUAAUGUUGGGAGAUAUUUUGCAAGCAAUAUUUGGUGUUCUCGAUAAAUUCCAAUAAUAAGAAAAAUUAAAAACAUUUCCCAAGUCCUCAUAAAACAUAUAGUUUCGUUAAAUUAGAAACAGUGUUCUUGUAUUUUGGUAUUUAACAAAUGUUAAAAUAAAUAUUUUCAAUAAUAAACGUCUAAUACGAGAACGUCUGCGUAGUCUAUACACCAUGAGCGAACGUGAUAUACCCAGUGUACCCGUGACCACAUUAGCAGGUCUAACGAGUUUAUCCGACUUGCUAAGUGAACUACCAGUUUCUGAAUCCCUUGGAAAUACAACAUCAUCAUUAAAUCGAACGCUCCUGUUCCACACACUAGUGGCCAGCGAAUCAAAAAAUUUAUUAUCAGUUCGCGAUGACAACUUAACCCGACAGCUAGUUCAAGCAAUUGAAAAAACUAAUCCUGAAAAUAUCGAAUUGAAGCCGCAGUAUGAAAUUCAACAAAACGAAGCGGAUAUAAGCACCUGUCCUGAACUAUUACAAGGGAUUUAUAAUUUUCGUCCUAACGUUUUUAAUAAAGAUAAGUGUAUAAAUUUUAAAGAUGAAAAUAAUUUAUAUAUUAAACAAAAUCGUGAAUUGUUGCCAUUAGAGGAAGCACCAGCCAAACAAUGUGAAACUGGAAUUUCUCAAAAUCAACCGGCUGAACACUUAUCUAUUGAACAAGAAAAAAAAUUAUCUGAUGCAAGCACUGAACAAGAUUCUAAUCUGUUAAAAAAUUCUAGCUCUUUUGAAAUUCAAGAAAACGAUCUGCAAAAUUCACAUCAUCGGGAAAACAGCAAUGAACACAUUCAAAGUGAUCCUGAUGUUUAUCAAUCUACAAAUGUUAAAAUAAAAUCUAGUAGUAGCAUCGUCAACGUUUCAUCAGUAUGUAAUUCAUCAAAUAUAAGUAAUACUACAUCGAAUAAUAAAGAACCAGAUGGAUGUAUUGAAGAUAAUUUCAGCAAUCUGGAUAAAACAAAUUUAACGAGCACUGUGGUACAAGCAGAUUUUAAAAAUGUUUUAAAUAUGCAGAGACAAUUGAAUUCUAUUCAACAAAAAAUAUUAAUUGACAGUUGUAGCCCCAACAGCAGUUCUCCAGCAGCAGCAGCAGUGAUAGUAAAACCAAUUGCAAAGGAUAAGCCAACAAUAAUAAUAAAAUCAUCACAUGGUUGCAACAAAUCUCGCCUUUUGGUACGUAUAAAUCGGAUUAAUGCCGAUGAUGUACGCCUUAUGCAACAAAGUCUUAAAGAAUUUAUAAAAAAGUCACCAGAAUUGGCCAAAAAAAUGUGUUUGUUAAAGUCGGACACAGCAGACGUACUGAAGAGUGAAACAGAGGAGGAGCUUUCGGAACAAACACAUUUGCAACCUCAUCCAGAAAACGAAACAGCCAAAGCUAAUGUUGUGGAAGAUAUGAAAUCUGCGGUUUUAGAUGAUACAUUUAAUAUAAUGAAGGCACAUGAAAAAGUAGCACAAAAACGGAAACAUCCUACUCCUCUUGAUGACAUUCCACCCGAACAAAUAUUUACCAAGCCGAAGGUUCGAAGAGUUGAGCGAGACAUCUCCGCUCAUAUCCCUAAAUGUUCAAAAGAUGAUGUAUUGCGUUCACAAACAUAUAAGCAAUUUAUGCGAAAUAUGGAACAAAUAAUUGAGCUUUUGGAUGACACCGAAUCACCUAACUUCGAGUCCGAUGAUGUGGAUGAAAAUAUUGAGUGCAUUUCAGCGAAGAUGUUAAAUACCAUGAGCAACGACGUUGCAAAACUUAAGGCCAAAAAUGUUUUGGAUUUGAUACCAAAAAACAAGCUAACAUUACUAAUAAACUACGCAAUGCGUAAUGUUUAUCUAGCAAAAAAUUACUCUGCAGGUCCAGACGAUGAAGAUGAAAUAUAUGACGAUGAAGUUAUGGAAAAAAUAUUGAAUGCGAUAGAAGCUUGUUUACUAAUUUGUAAUAUAUAUUCAACGGUGAAUGAUUUGAAAUUUUUGCAAGAAGACAAUAUAUCCCUUAUUAUAAAGUUCAUUCAAUUCCAACUGAGAGAAACGAUUUUUCCAUCUUAUGAUUCCGUGUAUACUGUAAAGAGUAUGAAAAAAAACGACAAUAGAAAAAAAUCAAAAACUCAUCAAAAUCAUAACCGCAAUCUUCAUCUUCUUUAUUCUAAAGUUGUUGAAUUAAUGAAAGUUUUUGUAAUGUUAUUUGACAAGUGCAUAUUUGUAGAUACUAUUGUAUUACCCCUUUCAACUCUUGCAACUGAGCCAUUUUUUGUUGACAACAUCGAUACAUUACAGUUUGUAUGCUUGGAGCUAGUUACUACGAUAUUUCGAAAGGAACAUUACGAUAAAAUUCGGAGUAGUAUUCUUGGAGAUAUAUUGUCAUCUAUUGAUCGUUUACCAUCAUCGAAAAGAAAUCUUCGUCCAUUUAAAUUAACUAAUAAUGGAGGAAACAUUCAAAUGGUGACUGCUUUAGUUCUACAGCUAAUUCAAUGCGCUACAAUUUUACCAGAUUCACUGUGCUCAAAUGAUAGUUUAAUGUCAGUAGAUUAUGAACAAAACGAUGUAUCUAAAUCCAAAAAACCAAACGUCGAUGUUGUUGUUUUGAAAAAAUAUGAUGUGGCGAUAAGUAUUGGAGGAAAUUUUCUUACAACUUUUCUUAACAAAUGUAAAUCCCGUUCAAACGAAACUGAUUUUCGACCACUCUUUGAAAAUUUUAUACAUGACUUAUUGUCAACAGUAAACAAGCCUGAAUGGCCCGCAUCUGAAUUACUACUUUCCCUAUUGGGAACGAUGCUAGUGCGAUAUGUUUCAGAUAAAACUAUAGAACAAAGUAUUCGUCUGGUAUCUCUAGAUUAUUUGGGAAUAGUCGCAUCACGAUUACGAAAAGAUACAGUAGAAUCUCGAUGCAAAGUUAACAUAAUAGACUCUAUGAUAAAAUCUAUAAAAGUUGAACAAGAAAGGGAAGGUGACCUUCCAAUGAUUAAUAACAAAAUAAAACUUGAUCCUGAAGAGGAAAGGACAGAAUUUCUCCAAAAAAUUCUUUUAGAUUUUUUGGCAGUUAAUGCUCAAGAAGAAAAUUUAAUAUGGGAUUAUGCUCGACACUUUUAUUUGGCUCAAUGGUAUAGAGAUAUUAUAUACCAGCGACGUAGGGUAGCUGAUGGCGACAAAAGAUAUGCUUCCAGAAAAAAAAGCAAUAUCCGACAAAAACAUCGAAAAGGCGGAUCAUCUGAAUCUUCAGAAAGUGAAAGUUGCAACGAAAGUGGAGAUGAUAACAUAGCUGAUAAUUCAAAUAAUCGUGAUACUGGAAUUAUAGAUCAAGAACUAAAUUUGGAGAUAUUCAAUGUACUGGAGGAACGUAAACGUUACUUAAUAAAUAACAUUAAACCAUACUCUGCGUCAACUGAUAUUAAUCACACAUCACAGCACAUUAAAACUUAUAUUGACUACACAAAUGCUCACCUUAUAGCACAAUAUUUAGCAACAAAAAGGCCUUUCAGUCAGUCGUUUGAUGGUUAUCUAAAAAAAAUAAUAUUGGUCGUUAAUGAGCCCUCGAUAGCAGUAAGAACUCGAGCAAUGAAAUGCUUAGCAAAUAUAGUUGAAGUGGACCCGUUUGUACUGAAAAGGAAAGAUAUGCAAAUGGGAGUUAAUCAGAAAUUUUUGGAUGCAGCAAUAUCUGUGCGUGAAGCCGCUGUAGAUUUAGUUGGAAAAUUUGUUCUAAGUAACGAAGAGUUAAUUGAUCAGUAUUAUGAUAUGUUAUCCACCAGAAUACUGGACACUGGUGUGUCGGUGCGAAAACGUGUAAUAAAAAUACUUCGUGAUAUAUGUAUAGAAUAUCCAGAUUUCAAAAAAAUACCAGAAAUAUGCGUUAAAAUGAUAAGACGUGUCAAUGAUGAAGAAGGCAUUCAAAAAUUAGUAACUGAAGUUUUUAUGAAAAUGUGGUUUACACCAUGCAGCAAAAAUGAUAAGCAUGGCAUCCUACGUAAAAUAAAUCAAAUAAUCGAUGUUGUCAAUACAGCACACGAUACUGGAACAACCUGGUUGGAAGGACUGUUAAACAGUAUUUUUCAACCAAAGGAAAACAUGCUAAAAUUAGACGGAAGUAAUCAGGAUCCUGUAAAAAAAAAUACUGAACCUCCUCAAGAUAUUGUGCUAGCUUGUCAACAAUUAGCAGAUGGAUUGGUUGAACGUUUAAUUGAAUUGGAGGAUACAGAUAAUGAAAGAAUGUUGGGUUGUAUUACAACAUUACAUUUGUUGGCCAAAGUUCGUCCACAACUAUUAGUAAGGCAUGCUAUAACCAUCGAGCCAUAUCUUAAUAUAAAAUGCCAUCCAUCAACUGCCCCUAAAUUUAUAUGUGCUGUCGCAGACAUUCUUGAAAAGGUCGUUCCACUGGUAAACAAUGCUAGUGAAUCAUUUUUGGCAUCCUUGGAAGAGCAUUUAAUGUUACUUGUAGUAUCAUUGAAUCAAGCUGUCGUUUCCAGUUGUGUAUCUUGCCUAGGUGCAGUCGUAAAUAAAAUAACAAAGAAUUACAAAUUAAUUCGUGACUGCUUCCAUAAAUUUUAUCGAAUAUUGGAUUAUAGUCGAAAUCAAGUAUCUCAAAACAAUCAAAGUGUGGAAUCAAUUUAUACUCCAAUGUUUCGGCGAAGUUUAUUUACAAUAGGAAUAUUGAUGCGUUAUUUUGACUUUAAAGCUCCUUAUGUUAUUGGCGAGUCCAACAAUCUUUCACCGACUAUAUGUGAUGAUGCUUUUGACUGUAUUAUGUUUUUCACUCAGUGUUCUAACUAUGAAAUUCGAAAACAGUCUCUAAUCGCUUUAGGUUCAUUCUGCGUAAUGAACGACGAUUAUUUAAUAAGGUCAGAACUGAAACAAUUUUAUUGUGAUAUACUAAGUUCAGACAAAUCGGAGCCCAAUAUUAAAAUUAUAUGUAUGCGCAAUAUAUGGAUUUAUUUAACUGAAUCUGAAAUGUAUAUGUACAAUAAGGAAAAAGAAUGGGAAAAGCAAUCAAAAAACGAAGAUCUUAAAGAAAUGAACGACGUUUCUUCGGGAAUGGCCAGCAGAGUAAUUCAACUUUAUUUGCAAGAAAUUUUGGAUUGUUUUUUAAACCGUGAUGAUGCCGUCCGUCUUUGGGCAGUUAAAGUAGUACAAAUUGUUUUACGACAAGGUCUAGUUCAUCCGGUACGAAUGGUACCCUAUUUGAUCUGUUUAAGCACGGAUUGCAAACUUGAGUCAGCGCAUAGAGCAGAUGCAUUAUUAAAGGAUAUCGACAGAACGUAUUCUGGAUUUGUUAAUAUGAAAGUUCAGUUUGGAUUGCAACUAUGCUUUAAGCUACAGGAAAUAUUGCAGUGUAGCAACAAGUCAAAAAAUAACAUUAUUCGUGGAUUCGUAAAACGCGAAUCAGACUCAAUGCCAACAGCAUUAAACGACUUUCUAUACACAUUGUUACGGACAACGAAACCUCAAAGGCGGGCAUUAGUACAAACAGUCACAAAACAAUUUGAUGACCAAAAAACACCUUUACGUCAGAUGCUUUUUAUUGCGGACAAUUUGGCUUACUUUCCAUAUGUGGUUCAGGAUGAGCCGCUAUAUCUGAUUCAUCAAAUUGAUUUGCUGAUUUCAAUGGCUGGUACCAAUAUAUUAGCAACAUUUAAGGAAUGUCUAAAACCUAAUGAGAAUGCAGUUGAUGUAUUAGAAGAUGACGAUGACGAAGAAGAUCCAAAGGUACUUUUUAAACGAUUGCCGGAAGACGUUCUUGAAAUACAAAAAUGCAUAACAUCGGCGCAAGCGUGUAUGCUACUAUUGAUAUUAAAGGAGCAUUUAAAGGACAUGUACAGUUUAACUGACAGCAAAAUUUCUCGUUACUCUCCAUCUGAACCUAAAAUACACGAAAAAGCUGUUUCGCGAAAGAAUGUACAUGAUUUUAAUCCAAAAUCUACAAUAGAUAUAAUAAAGAAACAACAGGAACAGCAGAGCACCUGUAAUUCCGAUAAAGAUAACAAAAAACAACUUUCUGAUGAGGAUAAAAUGGAUCUUGUUGUGAAAUAUUUAGAUUUUAAACAAUUGAUGUUGAAACUUGAUCCUGAUGAUGCUGAUUCCGACGAUGAAACAAGAGAAAAAUUAAAAUUAAACACAUCUAUUAAAACAGACACAUCGCCAGCCCUUUCAAUAUUACCAUCAACAGGUCCUUUACAGUCUCUUAACGAAAGUGGACACGCAAUAGACAACGCAGUACAUACUUUAACUCAUAACACAAAUAAUGCUGGAAACUGUGAUAUUGCAACGCAUACCCCAAUCAAGUGCCUACGAUCAGGAAUUGACUGCAAUUUAUCAGGGCGUCCAACACUUCAGAUAUGCUUUAGAAGGUCGGAAGUUUACAAUUUAUACGAACCACAAGCCCCUAGUAACGCAUUUCAACAAAAGAGUGAGAAGGCACCACCAGGAAGAGUCCGACAGCUUGAUCUGAUAAGUCAGUUUUCCACCGACAUCCGUCACAUCAAAGGCAGCGAUAAUAAUACAGCUGACUGGCUCUCACGAAUAAACAACAUAACAACAGAAUUGAUAGAUUUCGAUAUCUUGGCUACAGAGCAGUGUAACGACAGCGAACUGAAGUCUUUGCUAGAUAAGCCAGGUAAGGAUUUAUCACUCAAACUCACACGUUUACCCAUUCCAGAUUCCACAAAAUUUUUAUUCUGCAACAUCGACGGCACAAAUAUAAGACCGUACGUGCCAGCUAACCACCGAAAAAAUGUAUUACAAAAACUGCACAAUCUGUCACAUCAGGGCAACACGAAAACUAGUAAUGUCACGCUACGUAUGGCCAGGUAUAGCCAACAGUGCCAAAAAGUGAAAGUUGGCAGAUAUACUUCUGCUCCAUUAAGUAACUAUAACACAACGGAUAAGCGCUUUCAACACGUAAAUAUAGACCUUAUUGGUCCCCUGCCAACAUCAUCUGGCAAUCGCUAUUGUCUGACGUGUAUAGACCGGUUCUCUAGAUGGCCAGCUGCAUUUCCCAUCCCCGAUAUUACAGCACAUACAGUCGCAUCAGCUUUCGUGGCAGGUUGGGUAGCAUCGUAUGGAGUGCCAGAAAAGAUAACGACUGACUUAGGAAGACAGUUCGAAUCAAACCUCUUUGAUGAGCUGACAAAGACACCAGGUAUAUCUCAUUUACGUACCACAGCGUACCAUCCUCAUGCGAAUGGUAUAAUCGGAAGAUGGCAUCGCACCCUGAAAAAUGCCAUUAAGUGUUACGCCACCAAGGAUUGGUCAUUUGUCAUACCGUUAGUAUAA